GGCGGCUGGCCAAUGGCGCGCGAGCCCCGCCGAGAGUAAUGUUAGAGAGCUGAAGACUGAAGACACUGCGUAUCGCCUGUGCUGCCUCAUACACAGCCAUUGCAGCGCAUUGAGAUCCAGCGAGAGUCACUAGAUCAGGAUCAGGAUCCUAUCAAGAUGGGGAAGGAUCCAACCAAACCCAGGGGGAAGAUGUCCUCCUAUGCCUAUUUUGUCCAGACCUGUCGGGAGGAGCACAAGAAGAAGCACCCCGAUGCUUCGGUCAACUUUGCCGAGUUCUCCAAGAAGUGCUCCGAGCGAUGGAAGACAAUGUCCGCCAAGGAGAAGGGCAAGUUUGAGGACCUGGCCAAGCAGGACAAGGCUCGCUAUGAGAGAGAGAUGAUGAGCUAUGUGCCAGCCAGAGGAAGCAAGAAGAAGAAGAAGUACAAGGACCCCAAUGCCCCCAAGAGACCUCCAUCUGCAUUCUUCAUCUUCUGCGGCGAGUUUCGCCCUAAAGUGAAGGGUGAGAGCCCCGGCCUGUCCAUCGGAGAUGUUGCCAAGAGGCUGGGCGAGAUGUGGAACAACACCUCUGCAGAGGACAAGCAGCCCUACGAGAAGAAGGCCGCCAAACUGAAGGAGAAGUACGAGAAGGAGGUCGCCGCGUAUCGUUCCAAGAGCAAAACAGGCGGCGGAGGACCAGCAAAAGCUCCUGCCAAGGCGGAGAAGAAGGACGAUGACGACGACGACGAGGAUGAAGACGACGAGGAGGAGGAGGAUGACGAUGAUGAGGAUGAUGACGAGUAGGCAGCGAUACAAAUAUAGUGGUCAUUUUCUUGUUUAUAAAGCAUUUAACCCCCUUGUACACACUUCAUUUAUGGAAAGAAAAUACAUUAGUAUCCAAGGGGUAAAAACAAAAAAACCAACAAAAAAGGCUGUGUAUAUCAGUUGUUUUUAUGCUGUACAGUUUUUUUUUCUCCUUUUUGUAUAGUUAACACUACACAAGUAUCGUGUCUGUAUCUUUCUGCCAGUCGUAUUUCCCAGUGGUAGUUCCUAGACCACUAUCCUGCCUGGUACAGUGUAAAGGGGUGGACAUACAGUAUUUACCUUUAGCUAGAGGUGCACAGCACAUAAAAACGUUCUGAGUUAGAUCUGAGUGUUUUUUCUUCUUUUUUUUUUUCCUUCUUUACCUGUGUGUUUUUAUUUUGGAAAUGACAUGUUAUCAAAAUUGACGUAUCACAGUUGUUUUACUGAUCUUUAUGUACCACUGUAAUAGCAAGAAUAAGAAAAAAGAACGCCUUGUUUAUUGUUGAAAUUUAAAUUGCUUCUGAUGUCAAUAAACAUUUUUUUUUUU